AUGACCACAGUGCCGCGGAUCGAGCGGCUGCAUCCGGACGUCGUGAACCGCAUUGCGGCAGGAGAAGUGGUGCAUCGACCUUCGAGCGCACUGAAGGAGAUGCUGGAGAAUGCACUGGACGCAGGAGCGACGCACGUGGCUGUGUCCGUGAGCCACGGCGGUCUGAAACUGCUUCAGAUUCAAGACAAUGGACGAGGCAUCCAGCGCCAGGACUUGGCGAUUGUAUGCGAGCGCUUUACCACCAGCAAGCUCAAGAGGUUCGAAGAUCUGCGCGAGAUCAAGAGUUUUGGAUUCAGAGGCGAAGCGCUCGCGAGCAUUUCGCACGUGGCUCACGUCACGAUCACGUCUCGGACAGCAGACCAGCCGUGUGCCUACAAAGCUUCGUAUCGGGAUGGAAAAUUGGUAGCAAAGCAACCCGGAGAGUCGAAGGAUCCCAAGCCUUGUGCAGGAAGGACUGGCACGCAGAUUGUGGUCGAAGAUCUAUUCUACAACUUGACUACGAGGAAACAGGCGCUGAAGAACGCGUCGGAGCAGUAUUCUCGGAUCCUGGAUGUGGUGCAAAAGUAUGCGGUCCACUUUGGCGCCAAAGGAGUGGGAUUUGUGUGCAAGAAGUACCGAGAAUCGUCGUGUGGUGUCAACACAACACAAACGUCUUCGCAGCUAGACGUGAUUCGCUCGAUCUACGGCAGCAAGAUCGCAUGCGAGCUUACUUCGUUCGAGCACACCCGAAAUGCGUCAGCUGCAGGCUCAAUGGAACUACAACGUCAAGUUCGUGGAUACGUCAGUAACGUCAACUACCACCUCCGAAAGAGCAACUUCAUUCUCUUUAUCAACGAUCGCUUGGUCGAGUGCCCGGCGCUGAAACGGGCCUGUGAGUACGUCUACUCGCUGUAUCUACCGAAGAACACACACCCGUUUAUUUAUUUAAGCAUGGAACUUCCACCCCGCAACGUCGAUGUGAACGUUCACCCGACAAAAAGAGAGGUGCAUUUCCUACACGAAGAGGAUAUCGUUGACUCGAUAAGCCAGGCGCUUGACAAGCAUCUGAAAGGCAGCAACGAAAGCCGGAGCUUCUCAGUCCAGCCGAUCACGACCAUGUUGGGAAUCUCUUCAGCAAACAGCAGCAGUACACUGACAAAGCAAGGCAGACGAGAAAGUGUCAUGGAAGAUGAAGAAAAAAGUGACGAUGCAAAGUCGCGUGAGAGAGCAAGCAAAAAGGAUGAGGACGACUGCGAAAAUGAGGCCGGCUGCUCCGUCGACUCGAUCGAACUCGAUCUCAGUCAAAAGCUGACCCCGCCUUCCAAGAAAUACCAGCCAGCACUCGCACCACAGCGUCUAGUGCGAACUGACCAUCGCUCAAACACGAUCGACAAGUACUGUUUCCUCGAAUCGCAGAGGACGCAGUCGUCGCAAGUCUUCCAGUCUGGCUCGCAGGGCCAUGACCGCGACACUGCGAAUGGUGAGGGUGAUGGUGAUCGAGCAGAAAGCAACGUCGUUCCAACGCGACCACUUGGCUGCAGGAAGCGAAAGUUGUCCGAGACCCCGUCCAGUCAAGAGCCGGAGCCCGAGGACGAGUACGACCGCCGCACAAGCCUCGAGGCCACUCAGACGCCACAAAUGCUCUCGAGCGUUCAAAACUUGCUGAGCUUAGUGCGCCAAAAGAAGAACAAGGCGCUGGAAAGGCUCUUUCGCGAGCACAGUUUCGUAGGUGUCGUCGACAGCCGCUUUUCGCUCGUGCAGUUCCGUACAAAGCUGUACAUCACGCGGCACGACGAGAUCGCCUUCCACGUGUUCUACCAGCAGGUGUUGCUUCACUUUGGAGCGACCAGACCAAUCACGUUGCAGACACCACUUCCAACGCACGACUUGGUGCUCGAGGCGCUCAAGAACCCUCGGAACGGGUACGACGAAGAGGACGGCCCUCGCGAGCAGCUCGCCGACGAGAUCAAGACGUUGCUCAUCGCCAAUGGCCCCAUGCUCUUCGAGUACUUCUCCCUCGACAUCGACUCACAGGGCCUGUUGCGCACGCUCCCCCGACUCCUCCCUGACCACGAGCCGUCGCUGCAUUCGCUGCCAGAGUUUGUGCUUCGCUUGGCGACGGAAGUCAACUGGGAAGAAGAAGAGCUCUGUUUCGACAGCGUCGCGCAAGUUCUCGCGCGCUGGUACGGCGAGAUGCGGUACCCCGGCAACCCGGAGCGAGAGGCCCUCGUGCUGGAGCACGUGCUGUUCCCAGCGACCAAGACGGCGGCCUUCUGUCCCCCGCGCGCGCUCAACAGCGCCCACGUGCUCGCCCCCGUGGCCUGCCUCACCAACCUCUACAAGAUUUUCGAGCGGUGUUAG